AUGCUGCUCGAUAGUAUCUGUAUACCCUCACUCUAUGUGAUUAAAGGUAUUAUUAUAUUGGAUAUUGAUGGAAAUCGACUUUUAUCUAAAUAUUACAGUAAUUCAUAUGUAACUCUAAAAGAGCAAAAAGAUUUUGAAAAAUCUCUCUUUAAUAAAACACAUAAAGGUUCAGGCGACGUUAUUCUUCUUGAUAAUUGGACCAUUGUCUAUCGAAAUAAUGUUGACUUACUAUUCUAUGUUAUGGGAAGCACAAAUGAGAAUGAAGUAUGUAGANCAGCCUAA